UGCCAAAUUUUAAUACAUUUUGAACGUAUGUUCCUCUUUUGACUGACACAUUUUUUUGUAAUCGUCAUUUGCAGGAUUUAAGGAAGCAAAACAAACCUUGUACAUACAUUGUUUUGUAUAUACUGUAUAUGAUGUCCUCUAUGGGUUCCACCAGGGGAAACACACGAAGUGGGGGGCGGGACAAACCCGCCUCCAAAUCCACCUCACAGACAUCCAACAAGUCAGGGGCAGGUGACACACCUGUUGGCAAAAAGGCAACACCGGACCAAAUACGUCUAGCCCAGAUGUUUUCCGACAGUUCCAGCAACAACAAAGUGGAUGAAAAACUGAUGGAAAAAAUCAAGCAGGUACAGGAUGUCACCCACAAGAGUGAAGAUGAGAUCAUGGUGGCCCUUUAUGACUGUCAAGAAGACACAGAGAGAGCUAUCAACCUCCUCCUUGAGAGAGUGGAUGGAGAUCAGGGGGAAUGGGAGACCAUCGGUAGCAAGAAGAAAGUGAAGAGUUCUGGGUCAUCCUCUCGAGGCAGUAAUAGUACCUCCGAUAAUACAGCCAAGGAGGGAAGAGGAGAGAAGGAAGGAGGCAGUCGAGAGAAAGGAAGCAAGGAGAAGGAGUCACGAGACAAAGACAAUAAGGAGAGAGAUGGAAACUAUCGUGGGCGUGGCCGUGGAGGAAGAGCCCAGCUUCCGCCAAGAAUGACUAAAGGUCGAGGACGAGAUGCUGAUUCUUCUAGCAGAGACCGAGAUAGGAACGAUCAGAGUAACAAGUGGGAAGGAAGUGAAAGUGGUCGAGGUCGUGGUCGAAAGGCUCAUGAUCAAACGAACGGUCCAUCAAGGCGUGGUAGAGGUCCAAGGAACUUUACAAAUCCUAAAUUUGGGACAUUUGAGCAGACAGAUGCAUUUAAACCAGGUGAUAACGUGUGGACAAACCCCCCGGAUACUACCAAUGACACCAUGGGUGAUUUCACUGUUUCAGCCUGGGAUGGAAGUGCUGCAGCAACGGAUAGUUGGACAGCUGAUGAUUGGAGUGGAGAUCUGGCAGAAAGCAAGGUGUUUACACCAAGUUCCAACCAAGCGACCACAAACUCUGUCGAUUCUGCUGAGCCUACAACAGUUCCUGAGCAGUCAUCGCUGUCCACUGACACAUCAAUGCCACCAUCUAUGCCAGCAACUAUGACAUCAAUGGCUCCCUCUGUGGGUCAGACUAUGGCAGUGCAAUCAUCAGUUGGGCAGCAACAGCAGCAGCAGCAGUCUAUGCAGGCUACCAUGCAACAAGCCAGUGUCAUGUCUUCGAUGCCACAAAGGGAUGUUAUGAAUAAUUACAGCAUGGAGGACUCACGUUCCAACAAUCCUCCUGAGAACUUCACCAGGAUUGAUUUGGCAGCAUUGUUUGGUAAGCCAACCCAACAUGCUCCUAAUGUAACAGCCCAGUUGUCAUCAGGACCAUCUUCCAACUUGUCAGAUCCACUGUCAUCGCAACGCCAAUCCUCCAAUGUUUUUGGCCAAUAUGGAGACAUUAAAUCCCAACCUCCAAUGUCAGUCAGUGACAAGGUCAACUCGAUUGGAAUGCCACCAGGUCCAGGGGCACCAGGCCAGGACUCAACAACCAGCCAACAAGCCCAGCAAAGGCCUCAACAACAACAACAACAACAACAACAACAACAACAACCUACUAAACCCACAAAGAAGAGGAUGCCUCCACCAUCAACAAAAAUUCCAUUGUUGGCUGUUGAGAUGCCUGUCUCUGCACGUGGUAUUGGGGCCUUAGAUGUUCAGUUUGGUGCCAUGGAUCUGGAUGCAUCGGUGGAUUUUGGUGUUCCUAGUAUGCUCUCAGGAGUGUCAGCCAGUACUACAUCAUUGCAAGGAUCUGUAGCUAUGCCAUCAUCAGGACAGAUGUCUAUGCCAUCCUAUAGUAUGGGGGAUUCAGUAGCAGUCACAGCACCCAGUCAUUUGUCAUCGUAUCCCAACAAAGUGCAGAAUGACAGUUAUCCCUCCUCAAACAUGAAUGCAUCACUCCUGUCAAGUAGUACAUCAGCCUCGCCGGUAUCAACAACUUUGGAGCAAAGAUCAAGCUAUGGACAAGUCCCUCCUAAGCAGAUUGCACCUGAGCCAAUUCCAAUGCCCAAUCAGACGCAGGUUGGUGGGUUCAUGAACGCUCCGAAAACAUCACCAACCCAACAACUGGAGAAUAAGUCUGAGAAGCUGCCAUCAGGUACCUACACGCCCAGUAUUCCAUUGCAACUAUCGUCACUGAGUUCACACCCAACUAGUCUGGCUAACAGUGGUUUGUCUCAAUCCCCAAGCGGAAUGCAGUCAUCAAGUUUACACACCCAGAUGGGUCUCUCCUCGCACGCCAAUCAACAGCUGAGACAGACACCCAAUUCCUUCCAUGUGACGAGUGCACCAACAACAAUUCACUCACCAGCAAGUCUGUCCAGUGGCUUAUCCAGCAUAUCACAUGGUGGAGGAUAUACGUCCAGCCAUUCAGCCAACUCAGGUCUUGCUGGAUCUGCCCUCACCAGCAAUCUUGGAGCGUCAAAUCUUGGUGGUUCAAACCUGAAUGCAAGUCUUGGAAGUACUGGUCUGCCAACAUCCAGUCUGACAAGCCAUUCAACCAGUGGACUAUCGUCCAGUAGUGUCCUGUCAAGUGGACCGAGCACAAUAAGUGGACUACCCUCAACCACACAGCCAGCUGGACUGUCAAGCUCGGUCAGUGGAUUGGCUAGUUCAAGUCACUUGACAGGAAUGCAAACGACUGUAUCAAACACAAUGGCAUCACAGUCAGGUGGGCAGUCUACUCAGCUGAAUAGCAGCAAACUGGGCAGUUUGGACAAUCGAAUGAACUCAACACAGCACACGAUGGAUCACAGCCAUACAUCGUCCAGUAGCUUGUCAUCGUCCAGUCUAAGUGGUCAUUCCUUGACCACAACAAGCACCACAACCUCACUGACAACAGCUGGGUCAUCGUUGGGUUAUAAUAGCAUCAGUGGUAUGUCAUCUGGAAUGACAUCAGUUACUUCAGUGGGAUCGUCUGGUAUGAAAUCGUCCCUUACAUCCAACAAAGGGCCGCCCAACUUGCCUCCAGGAAUGCCAUUGUUCAACCAUCAGUACAUCAUGGGACAUGGGCUGCUACCAGUCAACCCAUUUGCUGCUGCUGCUACACAUCAGCCUUUCUACAAUUAUGAUGAACUGCAGCUACAGCUGUCCAGAAUGCCUAUUGGUUACUCCUAUGAUCUCCAACAGUUCCCGCAGCCUCCUACCACACUGACAAGCCGAGACGUGACAGCACAUUCGACAGCACCGUACUCAGUGACAGACCAGAACAAGUUCACAAGGGGAGAUGCUGCAUCACCUGUUGCUUCAUCGUUGACGUCACAGCAGCAACAGCAGCAACAACAACAGCAAACAGGCCAAGCAGGACAUCAUCAGACGCAGCAAGCAACACAGCAAGCAGCCUUCUUGAAUGCAGCAACUGUUCCCCCAGGUUAUGGCUAUGGUGGUCUACCCUACUAUCCUAGCCCAGGACUCAUACCUCCUGGAUUGUCAUAUCAACCUGCUGUCUUUCCUGCUGUUAAUGCGGUGCAACCCAACAACAGAUCGCAAGCAGGUACAACGCCACAUUCGGCAUUCCAGCAAACAGCAUAUGGCCAGCAUGGAUCUCAUGGGGCCUAUGGUACUGGAUACGAUGAUUUGAAUCAGUCGCAGGACUUCUCUAAAGGUGGAUACUCAAGUGUGUCUCAGACAGGAGCUAAAGGCACUGGAGCCACAGGACGUAGUUCAGUUUCAGUAACCUCUGCCUCAGCUGUGCCAGGAGAUAUGUCAGCCAGCACCUACAGCAACAAGGCACAUUCUCAGUCCUAUGCAGACAAGCAAGGCUUCCAUACUGGUACCCCACCACCAUUCAAUUUCCCCAUGGCUAGUGGGAACCAGGGAGGUCCUUUGCAAGCAGCGACGGGAUACCCGCCCUUUGUGCCUGUAUUGCCUCACAAUACCAUGCUGCCCCAUCAGUUACACAGUGAUGGACAGGCGGGGUCCACCCAGCGCUCACAGGGAAGUGGCAACCAAGGCAAGCCAGUCAGCAAACCACCUUACGGUGGUACCAAUUACUGGAGUGCCAAUUAAACAACCUGGUGAUGACUCUUUAAUCCCAUACUUGACAGCAUGACCUUAUGUAUAGUCUAUGACACAAUCUCAGUCCUGAGGUUAUGACAUAGACUUGUAGAUAAUUGUGGAAGUUUAAUCUUGUUGUAUUUACUGUUUAUUGAAAUGAAAAUGCUUCAUCACACUUGCUUUGCUUUAAUUUUUUUGUCUCUUCAUUGAGGUCAACAUUUUAUUUUUAUCUUGUGACUUGUACACAGCUUUACUCUAGUUGCUUGUCUUUGGUUCUCUGUGAUAAUACAACGCUUUGUAUGUCAGUGCGCCAUUAGUUCCAACCCACUCACUACCUACUGGAUUUGGUUCUAACUCCUUUCCUUUUUGGAAAGCAUCAAUGAUAUCAUUGUCUGACUUCAAUGAAACAACACUGUCUACCUUGCUGAUGUGUUGUGUGUCAAGAAAUAACCAUUGUCGUGUGAACUUUGACCUCUGUGCCCAUUUGACCAUUCCCUCUCUCCUGUUCACAUUGCAUUCCUGCAUGGCCUAAUUUCUGAUGUCGUCAAGCACUAAGUGUCAAUCUCAAAUACAGAAGAAGUCUUUGCACUGUAUUUUUCAAGGACAAAAUCUGGAACUUGUAAUUUCAAGUUGUGACUUUGAGUACACUGACUCGGAAGUUAGAGUGCUUUGAUAACCCUUAAAUUGUUUACAAAGUCCAUUAAAUUUCAGAACUUCAUCCAUGGCUGUAAGUGCUGAGUAAUGAUUAGGUAAAUACCUGUAAUAUGAGUUUAUCUGCCAUCGCAUGACAUAAAUUAAUCCACAGAAAUAUUCAUUAAUGAACUGAAAUUUGGGUUGUUUGGGAACGAAAUGAUUGAAAGUCCUGCCUGAAUGGCAGUUUUCCCCACAAUAGUGUUUACAGUUAGAUAUCAAGGUAUGUUGUCACCUUGCAUACUCUAUUUUUUUCAAAACUGUUUUGACACCAUGUGUCCAAGUGGGAGUGGACUGACAUGACUACAUUGUUGUGUCAGGUUGUUGCUGAUUGUGUUUACAUUAACGUAACAUUUUUAAUAACAUUAAUGGUAUCAUUAAUGUUGGAAGUACAAAGUGGCUUUUAGUGAUUGAAUACCAAUCAUUUAGCAUCAUGAGGAAGGUUCUCUUAGAGUAGCUCCUUUCAUUGAGUCAGGAAAGCUGGUUGCUAUGGAAAUGCCUCAUAUUUGCUUUAUCUAAUUUAUGUUAAGUGCUACAGAGUUCUGGCUUGAUGAAAGUUGGUGUGUGUUUAUGACACAGGUAGCUAGUUAACUAGUAAAUAUGGCAAUAUUUUGUGGUUAAUGUUACAACUUUCUAUUAUUAAGCCUGUCCAUAGCAUUGUAAAGCAGUUUAAAUUAAUGCUAAAACCACCACAAAACACUUUUUUAAGCAAACAAUUUACGUUGGUGCAAAGCUCAUAGUUCACAGGAGCGAUAUUGUUUCAAAGCACAAGGGCUGAAGGCUCGUGUUGCUGCAUUAUUAUAAACUUAUAAUUGUUAAUAACUAUACACAAGAUGUAAAUUAGUAAGAAAAGGUCAUUUUUGACUUAUCUUUAAAUUAAAAAAAAAGAUAUAUUUGAGUCGAAACCAUUGACUUCAUUUGCCCAGCCCUUGUUUACAGUGUUCAGCGAGGAAUGUAAUUGUUGCUCUUCUAUGGUAUGUAGUCAUAAUUUGAGAAUUCCGCCAAUAAGUGCAUGGGAUGUUCAAAACAUGUUGUAUAAUCUGUGUGUAUGUUUCCCGUAGCACUUUUUUAGUUGCAGUUUGGUUUUCAGUAUUUUGUGCCUGAUUAAUCAGAGUGUGACAAACAAGAAGUCGAUAUUUUGUCUGUAAUAAACGCAAGAAGCUUUUUCCUUCGAUAUGUAAA